AUGAGCAGUCAGAAGCACACAAUAGUGGCAGACGAUGGCGCAAUUGCAAAACCAGAUAUUGACGAUAGAAAAUAUCGCAUAGUCAAGCUGGAAAACCAGCUGACGGCCCUCUUGAUUCAUGACCCCGCCACAGACAAGUCGGCUGCUGCAUUGGACGUCAACGUUGGAUCCUAUAAUGAUCCCAAGUCUCUACCGGGCUUGGCACAUUUUUGCGAACACUUGUUGUUUUUAGGUACCAAGAAGUACCCGCAAGAAAACGAUUAUAAUUCUUACUUAUCGAAGAAUUCGGGUUAUUCAAACGCUUUCACUUCUUCCUUACACACUAACUACUAUUUUGAAGUCAAGAAUGAUGCAUUGGAGGGUGCAUUGGACAGGUUCUCCCAAUUUUUCAUUGAACCUUUGUUCUCGCCUUCGGGCAAGGAUAGGGAAGUGAAUGCAGUAGAUAGUGAAAACAAGAAAAAUCUUCAAUCCGAUAUCUGGCGACUCUAUCAACUUUCGAAGUCAACCACUUCCUCUCUUCAUCCUCAUAACGGCUUUUCAACAGGUAACAAGGUGACUCUAGGAGACAUUCCUGCUGAAAAUGGUAUUAACGUGAGAGAUGAACUUCUAAAGUUUUACGAGAACAACUACUCAUCAAAUAUCAUGUGUGUUUCAAUCUUAUCAAAUGAAAGUUUGGAUACUCUUACAGAUUGGACCGUUAAUAUGUUUUCAAAUGUCCCAAACAAAUCCUUGCCAAAGCCAUUUUAUGAACACUCCCCAUUCAACUCAGAGAACUACUCAAAUAAGCUCUACAAGAUUAAACCAAUAACCGAAAUGAGAAACUUGCAACUGACGUUCCCAAUUCCUGCAACUACUCAGUAUUGGGAAUAUUUGCCUAACAACUAUCUCUCACAUCUAAUUGGACAUGAAUCUAAAGGUUCCCUGCUUUUCAACUUCAAGAAAAAAGGCUGGGCCAAUGGUUUGACAUCUGGUGCGUCUCAAAUAUCUCCAGGUUUUUCAGAAUUCAAUAUCAACAUUGAACUAACGACCAAAGGCCUUGAGAAGUACGAUUUAAUGAUUGAAGAUGUUUUUAAGUAUCUGAAGAUGCUAAAAACGGAGAAGCCACAAAAGUGGAUAUUUGAUGAACUGCGCACUGAAUCUUUGAAUUCUUUCAAGUUCAGACAAAAAGGCGCUGUUGCUGCAACUGUUUCACGUUAUGCAGGCCAAUUGCAAGAUUUGCACUACUACUCAGUUCCAAUGAAAAAUCCACUACUAGAUCUCGAUGCUACAACUGUAUCCUCGAGCAAUAUCCCCCCUGAAGAUUUGUUAAGUUUGUCUGUCACUAGAAAGUAUGAUCCGGCUCUUAUUGAUGAAAUUCUCUCUUACAUGAAUCCAACCAACUUUAGGGUCUUUUUGAUCUCGAAAGAUAUUUUAUCAGAUGUUGAAGAGUCUAAAAUUGAACAAGAAAAAUGGUAUAAGACAGAGUACAGCGUGGAAACGUACAAUAAAAUCAAAGAUUUAGAUGCCUUGCCCUUAGAUCCUCACUUAACUUUGCCUGAAAAGAACGAGUUCAUGCCAACUAAAUUUGAACUAGUUGAAUGUGAUUCAACAAAACAUCCAAAGUUGGUUGAGCUAGAUCAGUUUUCCAAAAUUUGGUUUAAGUCUAAUUCUUUAUUAAGUGGACCAAGAUCAGCGAUUACAAUAAAGUUUAACUUGCCAGGAUCAACGUCGACCCCUCUCAACUCUUUGUACCUAUCUUUGUUUGUCGAACUAUUGGAUGAUGAAUUAAAUUCUUUAUCAUAUUAUGCUUCCUUGGCUGGACUUCAUUAUGUCUUCAACCUUGCUAGAGAGGGUAUAAGUCUGGAGAUAAUUGGUUACUCCCACAAAGAGGAGAUAUUAUUAACAAAAUUAAUUCAGACCCUGAAUACUUUUACUAGCUCAGACCAAGAAGCCUCUGUGUGGAGUGAAUCAAGAAACAAAAGGUUUGAGCUUUUGAGAGAAAAACUUUUUAGAAGUCUGAAAAAUUUUGGAUAUGCUACCCCGUAUCAACAAGUUGGACCAAUAAUCUCUUCUUUAGUCAAUGAGAAUUCAUGGUUAAUUGAUGAUGAAAUCUCUUGCUUCAACGCAGUUGAUUUCAAUUCUUUAAAACACUACUCAAUGAACUUGUUCAAAAUAUGUUUUGCUGAAGUUUUAGUCAUUGGAAAUUACGAGAAAUCCGACACAGCCAAAAUCCACAAUAUUAUCAAAGAAAACUUACCUACUCUUAAUAGUUCAAUUACUCUAACCCAGUCUCAGUUCACAAGAGGUAGAUCACUAUACUUAGAAGAUAACUCACUUUCACAUUAUUUGAAACCGAAUGAUGAUCCUGACAAUAUAAAUUCAUGUAUUGAACUUUACAUUCAAAUUGGUUUGAUUCCUAAUCACCGUGAUAGAAUCCUUAAUGAAUUGGUUUCACAAAUUGUGCAUGAGCCUUGUUUCAACAGACUAAGAACAAUCGAGCAGUUAGGUUACGUCGUUUUCUCAGGUACAAGGGAGACUCGUACAACUUUUGGUUUGAGGUUUUUGAUUCAAAGUGAAUACCCUACGUUUUACUUGCUUAUGAGAAUCAAUAAAUUCAUCAAAAAAAUGGGUAUCUACAUAGAGCAAAAAAUGACAAGCGAUGAUUUUGCUAAGCAUGUUGAAGCGUUGGUGAACAAAAAAGAGCAGAAGAUGAAAAAUUUAAGAGAAGAAAGGAAUUAUCAUUGGAACAGAAUUGCUUCGGGCUACUACGAUUUUGACAGAUAUGAAAAGGAUGUUGAAUUCUUGAAAAGCUUCAAAAAAGAAGAAGUCAUUGACUAUUAUAUUCAUCAUAUUUUGGAUAGUGCAAAUAAUGGUAAAUUGGCUGUGCAUUUACAAUCUCAAAAACUGCCAGCUCUGGACCCUUUGAAAAUGGUCAAAAAUUCCUUUUCUAAUUUUGUCUACGACAAGGUCGAAUUCGAUAAUGUCAACUACGAAAGUGAUAAGGUCAAUGAGCAGAUUGACGAGUUUUUUGGUAAGAAGGCUGUCACAAGAGAGUCGCUGGAUGAAUUUCUUACCGACAAACUUUUUGAUGAAUUCCCCUUCAAAAAGGAGUUAGCUGACGAAAUUCUGUUCAACCUUACAAAAGACUGGAACUCUUAUGAUAAGAAAGAUGGAAGCAUAGUGGACAAUGUCGGUGAAUGGAAGUGUUCAGUUCCUUUGACCGUUGCUCCAACCGCAAAAAUUGAAAACAAGCAUUGCGAUAAAGAGUUCGCUUUCAAAGGAAAAUUAUAG